ACCCACCUCUUUUCCUCUGCUGCUCCGGUGUGGUGCAACGCGGCUCCUGCUCUGCUACCGGAAGAUUUCCAACAUCUGUCCGACAACAAGGGGGACAGUGUCAACCCUCUGUCCGCGAUGUCCUCCAGAGGUAAACAUGACUUGUGCCGAAUAUGUGGCAGAGCUCUCCAGGGAAACCAAAGGCGAUGGCUGUUUGGAGGCCAAAACAAGAGGACCAGUCAGCCGCAGACCCCGACAGAGUCCCUGAGAGGAGGAAGCCUGUCCCGGUCCUCACAGAGCAGCCCCUGGGGCAGCACAUUGUCGCUGGGUUCCUCUGUGUCUCUCUCCAAGUCCCAGUUGUCCCUGAGCUCCCCGUCCAAAGGCAUGGAUCUGCUCUCGGUGUUGACUCACAUCCUGGGGCAGUCUGUGCCCCGAGGAAACGGGCAGGGCGAGUUUGUGUGUGGCAAAUGCGUGUGCGUCCUCGAGCGGGUGUUCAAGUUCGACGCGGUGAUUGCCAGAGUGAGGGUGCUGUCGUCCGAGAGGCUCCAGAAGCUGACGCAGGAGAGGGACAAGAUCAGGCAGUGGGUCCGCCAAAGCUACCAUCAGAGGCACCCGCGGGAGAUCCAGAGCAGAGGCAGCACCAGCGAGGACGACACAGAGGCGGAGAAGGAGGGCUACAGGGAGAUGCUCAGAGAGAACAUGGCACUCUCAGAGUACGAGUGCUGGUCUGAGAAGUGGGACACGUGCCCGUAUUUUAUAAGAACGGGGAAAAGAUGCAGAAAGGGCAAAGGAUGCGAAGGCUGUGAUUCCUUGCGGGUGGCAGACUCGGAUUAUGAGUCUGUUUGUGGGGUACCUCGCCACUUGCCUUUCCAGCCCUUCUCCCCAUUGGCGUUGUCGCGGGACAAAUCCCAGAGCAUGCCCCUCCACUGGCAGAGGGUGCCGUCCAUCAACUCCACCCCGUCCUCACGAGCGGGGUCCACUCUCUCCUUACAGGCGUCCUCCCGCACUGAGUCCAUUCAGUCUCUGGACUCUCUUGAUGACCCGUUUGACUCACCGAGCAUUCAGUCGGCCAACUUUGUGCUGAGGGAGCUGAGAAGUAUCGAAGGGAAGCCGGUGAGCUCGCCAUCAGGGAGUAGGAUCCCAGUUCUGGGCAGGAAGUACUCAGGGAAAGUUGGCGAGAUGGCGUCGCCCUCUGUGAACAGGGUGCUGAACUUUGGGAGUGUGGAGAACGGAGGGGGUGACAUGGAUGGAGAGGACGAGGAUGUCCUGUCAGAGCUGAGGGACGAGUUCAUGCCACUUCAUCGAGAGAGCACAACUGGCAGGUUUCACCACGCUGUCAGGCACCUGCGAGGCCAGCUGGACCGAGCUGUGUCUCGCAUCAGGACCCUUGAAGCCGAGCUGAAACAGGGGAAGAGCAAAACAACUGAAGUUAACGGAUCAGAAGAUUGGGCCCCUUUGCUCCGGGAGGAGGGUGGCAGCUCCCUGCUGCAGGGCCUCGGUCACUCCCUGCACAGCCGGGAGCGUCUGAUCCAGGAGUGUAUGGGUCUGAUCAGGAGGCUGUGUGAGGAGGAGGGAGCAGGCACCGAGCUGGCCAACAAGCUGACUGAGAAACUGACGGAGAAUCUGAAGGAAACUCUCUCUGUCAACAAGGCUGCUCUGCAGACUUUGAGCUCGGAAGUGACAGAGAAGGAGAAGAGCAUGGAGAAGGAGAUCGAGGCGCUGAGGAAGGCUGGGAGAGACCGAGAGAGAGACCUGGACACACUCAACACCGUGCUGCAGUGCAACCAGGAUAUUAUAAACGAGCUGCGAGUGACUCUGGGAGAGAAGGAGCAACUGCUGAAGGAGUAG